AUGCUGACUGUGGGAGCUGGUUCAUCGUGUGACGUAUGUCUCGAACCAUUUGGUGCCGACGAAAAAUGUCCUUGCUCGAUAGUUUGUGGUCACGUAUUCUGCGCCGAAUGCCUUCAUAACUUGACGCGUCCCGCCUGUCCUUUGUGCCGCCACGGGUUCAACCCAAACCUGACCGUUAAGCUUCAUAUCGAACUGGACACCACCCGGCCUUCUCCCACUCCCGCUCCCCUUUCCACUACCUCUGUUAGUGCUGAGCAGGAGGCACGAAGACUUCAUGAAGCCAUUGCGGGGAUAGCCGAGACGGGUUCGACAGAGUUGAAUUUACGACAACUGAUUGAAGAUGGAAGGUCGUUCCUUCGACAACAGCCUCGGACAUUGUACAGAGACUUGCGAACGGCACACCAAAUGAUAACGUACCUUUGCGAAGUCAAGUCGACCCUAAGAUCCCAGAAUGUGGUGGUGGAUACUCUUACAAAGCAAGUCGCAGAGUUGGCGGAGCAGAAGGCAGAUCUUGCCAAGCAAGUGGAAGACCUGACCGUAUUGCGUCAGGUGGAUAGCGAAACUGCGAUAGCUGUGGAAGUGAGCCUUAGAGGGCAUUGCACAAAGGCGCACGCCGCGUAUGAAGCUAUGGUAGGACAAUAUAACGUCGUUGCCCAAGAGUACGCUUCGCUGGACGCGGAAGUUCGACGCCUCCGCGGGGAAGCGGACUCAAAACCUGCGCAUAAGAAAUCUCUACCUGGUCUCAAAGGUGCUGCCGUACAGAAUCCGAACUCGUAUACCGUUUCUCCUCUACCUCAAUUUACCGGAGCACUGAAUACUGGUAUGAGUCUCUUUAUGCCUCUGCCUGAGCUUGAGGAAGACGACGGGGAGGAUGGCGAUGACGAUGACGAUGAGGUUGAGGAAAAUGCUGAUCCUUCGGAGCACCUGAAGUACGGCCUUGCAAACAAAACCCACCCUGGUCGAAGCGAAUCUCCCAGUCAUGAAUUUGAUUAUGGGUACCGCCGUUUCUUUCCAAGUUCAACAGGAUCGCCAAGCUCCCCAAUUCCGCCGCCUGGCGAGGAUUACUUCACCAACUCUCCCAACAGUGAUCUUUCACGCACUGCUCCCGCCAAGGAACGACGCCGCUCUCGACCUUCGUCAUCCUCAAGUCGCCCCUCCAGCACUGCCACGUCAUCGUCUGCUGAUGUACCUCGGGCUCUCUCGUCUCCUAAACCACAAUCACCAUACCUAGGUUCAGCUCACGAUGGCGAAUCAUCUAGAGGACAUGUCAGCAUGCCCAGUGGCGACAACGAUCAGUUAAGGACGCGCCUCCACGACCUCUUGCAUGACCCAAGCCUAUCCUCUUCCCUUCCCAACAUGACGCCCAAUCACUUCCCUGCAUCCCUUACCCACCGCGAUUCGCAUCAUGAUGAAGGAUACGCUCCACGUCGCACUUUGUCGGAGAAACAAAUUACUCAAGCUGGUCCUUCUCCAGGUCCUCCGUUUGUAGACCACUCAUCGCAUCCCUCAAUGUCUCAUGUUCCAGUUCCUAAUCCUCGCCCACUCACCAGCAAUGGCAGCAGCAGCGCUAGCGCAGCAGCUAAGGCUCUAGAGAAGGCCAAGAAAGAGCAAGAGAGGGAGCGUAGAAGGGCAGAGAAGGAGCGCAGCAAGGUAGAUCGGGAUUCUGACCGGUCACGGACUAAUGCCACUCCCGAAACCAGCCACCCGCGAGCACGAGAACGGGCAUCGAGUAGCGCCAAUGCGCCUUGGAGUUCGACUUCCAGCUUUAGCUCUGGCAACUCUCGAGCCUCCUCCAGCUCUGAGAACUCUCGAGGAUCCUCCAGCUCUGGUGCCUCGCUCCCACCGCUACCACGUUCGAGCAGCAGCAAUGGACCGGCCUCAUGGGGAUCCGGUCAAAGUUAUACGUCGGCAGCAUCCCAUCAGCCUCGGUACCCAAGUGCAGGGUUAAGCAAAGGUCUUUCCUCAGGCUCGACGGCUUUCAGCAUCCCGGCUGUAAUUAUCCGUAACAAAUCAACAAAUGAACUUGCAUUUUAUAUUCAUUUGAAGAUUAUGUCGAGGCUUAAGCUGAACGUCAGGAGGACAAAUGAAGUCCAUGCAGUCAUUGUAGCUUAUUUCCGAUCUUGGUUCACUUUCGCCGAGCGAGCUAUCAACGGCCAAUGGAAAAUAGCACUCAAAGUAUCUAUGCCUUUGCCCAGACGCGCAGCAAGCCGAGGCCCUUGGUACUCCGUUCCACCCGUUUGGGCUGACAAUGUGAGAGCCCCAAAAGAGGGCGACGAACGUGAGCUGCUCCAUGCUGAAUGGAUGAUUUGCUCAGUUGUCUAUGGGGCGAUUAUCCAAACAGAGAAGCAAUUCAUCGAUAGAGGAAGAUGA